UGAGAUCAAAAAUCAGUAUCCUGAGUGAGUGAUGGAGUUAGAGUGAUUCUGAAUGAAUGAUUUCUACACUUUUGCCUCUUUCCGUGAACUUCAGUUGACUAUAUUGUGGAGUAUGACUACGAUGCUGUACAUGAUGAUGAGUUAACUAUCCGAGUUGGGGAAAUCAUCCGAAAUGUGAAAAAACUACAGGAGGAAGGAUGGCUAGAAGGAGAACUGAAUGGGAGACGAGGGAUGUUCCCUGACAAUUUUGUUAAGGAAAUUAAAAGAGAGACAGAACCCAAGGAUGACAAUUUGCCCAUCAAACGGGAAAGGCCUGGAAAUGUCGCGAGUCUAGUCCAGCGAAUCAGCACCUACGGACUUCCAGCUGGAGGGAUUCAGCCACACCCACAAACCAAAGCUAUGAAGAAGAAGACAAAAAAGCGUCAGUGUAAAGUUCUUUUUGAGUACUCUCCACAAAAUGAGGACGAACUGGAACUGACCGUGGGGGAUGUCAUUGAUGUCAUUGAAGAGGUAGAAGAAGGCUGGUGGAGUGGAACCCUGAACAAUAAGUUGGGACUGUUUCCCUCAAACUUUGUGAAAGAAUUAGAGUUCACAGAUGACGGUGAAACGCACGACGCUCAGGAGGAAUCAGAAGUUUCUUUGACUGGCCCUACCUCACCUAUGCCAUCUCCGGGGAAUGGGAGUGAACCAGCUCCUGGAUCAGUUACACAGCCAAAGAAGAUCCGAGGAGUUGGAUUUGGAGACAUUUUUAAAGAAGGCUCUGUGAAACUUAGGACAAGAACUUCCAGUAGUGAAACAGAGGAGAAGAAAUCAGAAAAGCCUUUAAUUCUACAGUCACUGGGCUCUAGAACCCAGAAUGUGGAGGUAACAAAACCAGACAUAGAUGGCAAGAUUAAAGCUAAGGAAUAUUGCAAAACAGUAUUUCCCUAUACAGGAACCAAUGAAGAUGAACUUACGUUUAGAGAAGGGGAGAUAAUCCAUUUGAUAAGUAAGGAGACUGGAGAAGCAGGCUGGUGGAAAGGUGAACUGAAUGGUAAAGAAGGAGUGUUUCCAGAUAACUUUGCUGUUCAGAUAAGUGAACUAGAUAAAGACUUUCCAAAACCAAAGAAACCACCUCCUCCUGCAAAAGGUCCAGAUGAAAAAUCACUGCUAGAACAGAAACCUUCUAAACCAGCUGCUCCUCAAGUCCCACCCAAAAAGCCUACUCCACCUACCAAAGCCAAUAAUUUACUGAGGUCUCCUGGAACAAUGUACCCAAAGCGGCCGGAAAAGCCAGUUCCUCCUCCACCUCCAACAGCCAAAAUUAAUGGAGAAGUAUCUACAAUUUCUUCAAAGAUCGAUACUGAACCUUUAUCAAAACCAAAGCUAGAUCCUGAACAAUUGCCAGUUAGACCAAAGUCAGUAGACCUUGAUGCCUUGGUAGCCAGGAACUCAAAAGAAACAGAUAAUGUAAAUUUUGAUGACAUAGCUUCCUCAGAGAACUUGUUACAUCUCACUGCAAAUAGACCCAAGAUGCCUGGAAGAAGACUGCCUGGCCGCUUCAAUGGUGGACAUUCUCCAACCCAGAGCCCAGAAAAAACCUUGAAGCUCUCAAAAGAUGAUGAUAGUGGGAACAUAAAGCCGUUGGAGUUUAAAAAGGAUGCAAGCUACUCUUCAAAGCCAUCUCUUUCAGCACCUUCAAGUGCUUCUAAAGUAAAUACAGCUGCUUUCCUAAGUCCAUUAGAGCUCAAAGCUAAAGUAGAAGCCGAUGAUGGGAAAAAAAGUUCCCUGGAUGAACUUAGAGCCCAGAUUAUUGAAUUACUGUGCAUUGUAGAUGCACUGAAAAAGGAUCAUGGGAAAGAACUGGAAAAGCUGCGCAGAGAACUAGAAGAAGAGAAGGCCAUGCGAAGUACCCUAGAGGUGGAAAUAGCAAAGCUCAAGAAAGCUGUUCUGUCGUCUUGAAGUGGUGUGGACCCAGUGGACCCUAAUUCUCUAUGAACUUAAUUCACUUGUUAAAAACAACAGACGUUGUGUUGUGGUGAAGAAAUAAGAGAACAUGAACUGUGAUAUCUACCAAAAAGUUGGGGUGACAGUUUUUUUUAUAUAUAUUUUGUUUUGCCAAUAUGAAAAAAAGAAGAGGCCUUAUUUCUUACUGUGCUGGGAUUGCAAACAUUUCUACUGUUUGCUUGAAAAUACUACUGAAUCUGUAUAAAAAGGAAAGAAAGUUCAUAAUAGUUUUUUUAUUGAAACUUGUAUUAUUUUUAAAGAGUUCUAUACUAUAAAUAUCGUAAUAUCUUUGCAAAUAAGCUGUAAGAUAAACUAUUUGAGAAGGACGGGUUAGCUUUAUAGUAGAGUCACUGCUUUUCCUGUAAUGCAUAGGGCAUGAACUCAUAUAUAUACACCACACACACACGUACAUACAUACAUACACACACACACAUAAACACACAUUCUACACACCACACACACACACACACACACACACACACACACACACACCCUUUAGCUUCUUACCCAGGGUUACACUGUUGUGCCUGUUUGUCUGCAGUGCUGUUUGUACAUUGGGUGAUAAAAUAGGAGCACCUAGUUACCAGGUUCCUCACCCAUGCAUAUUUAAUCAUUAAUGAAAUAAUAACAAUAAAUCCAACUUCUAGAGUGUUCUGUAAUGAUCACACUAUAGGAUUCAUUAAAGGAAGCUAGUUACAAACUGUACUGGAUUAAGCUUGAGAAAAUAAGAGCUUUGUUCUAAAUUCAUGUGGCCUAAGAAAUCUACAACUGUCAUGCUAAUUCUUAUUUGUGCCUAGACUGCAGCACACGUGGACUAUGUACACAUCAGCCAUAUUGUUGUAUUUUUAUGCUCAUUCUACAGUCGUAAAUAUUACUCAUUUCAUUGUCUCGUAUUCAAUUCAUUGUAUCCUUCCUUUAAUUUUCACUAAUGAAAACCUUAGGAAGCAGCCUCUAAACCCAGAUAUUUUCAAAAUUCCAGAAUGAGGUUCUAUAUUGGAAAGCUAUUAUGUACACACUCAGGUUUUAGAGACAUAAUUUAUCUAAUAGAACAAACUAAUUCCUAGAGAUAUUUUGGACUUUUACCUAGGUAAAGUGAAGAAGAGUGUUAGUAUUUCACAAGUGGUGAUAUAUGUUAUGUAAAUCAGAUAUAACUCACCGUACUGAAGACCUUCCCUGUGGAUACUUAGCCAUUUCUUUAGCAUCCCAAUCGACAGUGAGUGUCUGAGGCUGGCUCGACCACAUUCAGGGCGGUGUGGCUACACAUCAGGCGCACAUACAAAUGUAUCUGUAGGGCAACAUGUCCAAAACCACAAAGGUUAAUUUUAAAAAGUGAAACGUUUUUAUUUGUUUAAAAAACGUCAGGCUUUAAGCUUUACUUUAGUAAAUGAAUGUCAGGUGGUAAGUUAUCAUGAUUCAUAAAAAAAAAAACAAAACUUUUUCUUUACAUUUACAUCUUAAAAUAGA